AUGGCGCUACUGGUUGGUGCGCCUUCCGAGACUCCCUGCUUAUCUCUUUGCUCAAGAAGACUCGCCGGACGAAAGCAGCGGCAUGUCUCCGGAGCAGAACAAACGCUUGUCGACCAGUCUUCAGCUCUAUGUGGAUGGCCUCGAGGUUUUCGUCUACAACAGAACCCAGGCCUACACAAACAUUGUCGAGGCGUUGGCGCGUACAGACGCCAAGGACGAGUUCUCGUCGCUGUCUUCUGCCACCUUGGCGGACACAGAGGCGCACCUGUCGCUCGAUUUCUGGUUGAGCGUGCUCCCCGUGCAAAUGCAAAUCAAAAAGGGUGCAGUCAUCUUGGGCAAUGCCACAACUCCGUCGAUUAUGUGUGCGUCGUUCCAUUCGGCCACGGCGCUUCUAGACGUGUGUCAACCUCCAUGUCCCCAAGACCUUUUCCGCACAUCUGUCGACGUGACAAUGGAAAAAUUCCAGGUGGUGUUGAAACCCAACGUGACUUACGACCCAACGCGGUACUCGCUGGCCGAACCGCAGGCGCCCGUGACCAAGGCAGAACGCAAACACCGUGUCCGCCGGUUUCUCGCCCGCCUCAUUCCACAUCGCUCUCACAAGAAAGACACCAAUUCGUUUGA